AUGCGACUUUCGAACGUGACUCUUCUCGCUCUCGCUUCCUUCGUGUACGCCAAGAACGUGAUCACCAUCCACCCCGUCGACGGCCCUCUCGACGACCCUAAGCCUCUCCACAAGCGAAACGAACCCGUCCAGAACGGCUUCUACCCCGGCGUCUUCAUGGUCCAGGACGACUCGAGCGGGCCCCACGUCGACCACGUCGACCUUAGCAACCCCGGAAUCAAAAUGCCUUCUGGAGAACAGCCCAAGAGCGGCCCCACCUACCUCACAACCGGCCUAGUUCAGGACCCGCAGAUCUCCAUUUUUGCUGGCUACCUGAGAGACGACACCGAGCUCAUCAAGCGGCUUAACGACGGUGAUUCUUACACAGUGGUGCUUGCGCCCUCCAACGCCGCAGUGGCAUCUCUGGCCCUCAAACCCUGGCAGUUCCCCAACGCUAUCACAGGAAAGUCCGAGAAGGACAAAGACGCUCUUGCCAACGAGAACAUCUCGUCGUUUGUGGCCAACCACGUUGUCGUCGACACCCAGCUCGUGACCACGUUUGACGUUGUCAAGCGAGCCCGAACCCUGUCUGGCCUGGAGAUUGAGAUUUUCACUGAGAACAACAAGAUUCUGGUCAAGUCCAACGACUCCACCAGCACCGUGACCAAGAUCAUCCAGACCAACAACGGCGCCAUCUGGGUGAUGGAUGAGUCUCUUGUCAAGCCUGAGUUGGCCUAA